GGAAAAUGGCAGGGAAGUUGGAGCUUCUGCAAGUGCAGUCAGAAGAAGCGGUGGAGGAGGCCGAAGAUCAGACUGAGUCUUUGAAGAAGACUGAAGAUUUGCUUUCAAUGGUGAUAAAGCUGCAGAAAGAGGGAAGCCUGGAGCCACAGACUGAGGACCUGAUUAACCGGAUUUACAAGCUUCAACAAGCAAAGAAGAAAUCCAGUGAGGAACUGGAAGAGACCCAAGCUCUCUGGGAGGCCCUGAAUAGGGAAUUAGACUCUGUGAAUGGGGAGAAAGUGCACCUAGAGGAGGUCCUGAGCAAAAAGCAAGAGGCACUGAGGAUUCUCCAGCUGCACUGUCAAGAGAAGGAGAGUGAGACCCAGAAGUUGCAUGUCAAGGAACAGAUGGAGGAUCUGAUGGGUCAGCACAAGGACCUCUGGGAAUUCCACAUGCUGGAGCAGCGACUGGCCCGAGAGAUCCGCGCCCUGGAGAGGAGCAAGGAGCAGCUGCUCACUGAGCGGGAGCAGGUGCGCACCCGGCUGCGGGAGGUGGAGGGGCGGCUGCGCUCGCCGCCGGAGGUCGAGAGCGUCCAGGCAAUGAAUGACGGGCUCAAGGAGGAGCUGGAGAAACUCGGGGAGCCGGUCCAGAGGGCGCCCGAGGCCGUGGCCGGCCAAGAGGCGGUCGGGAGCCCGGGAAACCGAGGCGAGGCGGGCGGAGACAGAGAUCGGCCUUGAGCUUCCCCCCGCUGGUGACAAGGAGGACCUGGAGCCUAGACCCGUAGGAUAGCCCGUCCUGACCUGCCCUCAAGGCCUGCCGAGAAAUAAAGGCGAUGAUUUCUGACCGUC